CUGAUUUCGCGCCAAAUUUUUCUGUCAAACAAAAAGAUUGAUUGCUGGCCCGGCAUCAUAAUUUUUGUUCUGUUUUUGUUAUUUUGUUAUAAUUUUCCAUCAACAUUGCCUAUUAUUCAGUAAUAGUAUAAGUGUUUUAAUUAUUUAAGUUACUCGUGUCUUACUUUAAAAUGGAUGUUGCUGAUACUUACAAUACACAAAGCCAAGUAAAGGAUGAAAUUGGAGUGCGUUGCCAAAAGCUGUUCCAGGAUUUCUUAGAAGAGUUCAAAGAAGACAAUGAACUCAAAUACGAGAAGCAAGCGAAGGAGCUCCUCAAGCCCGAGCUCUCGACGCUCGAAGUGAGCUUCGAUGACGUCGAAAAAUACAACCAAAAUCUAGCCACCACCAUCAUUGAAGAAUACUACAGGAUAUACCCAUUUCUGAACCAAGCCAUUUUAAACUACGUCCUCGGGUUUGCAGAUACUAAUGUCAAGAAGGAUUUACAUGAUAAAGAAUGCUACAUUUCCUUUGUGGAUGUCCCGACAAGACACAAAGUUCGUGAGCUGACAACAACAAAGAUCGGCACGUUGAUCCGCAUCUCCGGGCAGAUUGUGAGGACGCACCCGGUGCACCCUGAACUGGUGUCUGGCACCUUUGUCUGCCUGGACUGCCAGACCGUCAUCAAGAAUGUGGAACAGCAAUUCAAGUACACACUGCCAACAAUCUGCCGGAACCCCGUGUGUGCGAACCGUCGCCGCUUCAUGCUGGAUGCAGACAAGUCGGUCUUCGUGGACUUCCAGAAGAUCAGGGUGCAGGAGACGCAGGCUGAGCUGCCGCGGGGAUGCAUCCCACGCUCACUCGAAGUCAUCUUGAGGGCUGAAGCUGUAGAGUCUGUGCAGGCCGGCGACCGCUACGACUUCACCGGCUCGCUCAUAGUGGUGCCGGACGUGGGCGCGCUGGCGAUGCCCGGGGCGCGGGCCGAGCUCACCACGCGGACACGGCAGGGGAAUGAUGGACAGAUGGAGGGCAUCAAGGGACUGAAGGCGCUUGGGGUGCGGGAGCUGCAUUAUAAGACCGCAUUCCUAGCGUGCAGCGUGCAGGCGAUCUCGCGUCGGUUCGGCGCCGGCGACCUCGCGACCGACGACCUCACCACCGAGGACAUGAGGAAACAGAUGACGGACCGCGAGUGGGAUAAGGUAUACGAGAUGUCGCGCGACCGCAAUCUCUACAACAACCUGAUCGCGUCCUUGUUCCCGAGCAUCCACGGCAACAGCGAGGUGAAGCGAGGCGUGCUACUGAUGAUGUUCGGGGGCGUCGCCAAGAACACUAUUGAGGGUACGACCCUCCGAGGCGACAUCAACGUGUGCAUAGUGGGCGACCCGUCCACCGCCAAGUCGCAGCUGCUGAAGCAAGUGAGCGAGAUGACCCCUCGAGCCGUGUACACUAGCGGGAAGGCUUCGUCGGCUGCUGGGUUGACCGCUGCCGUUGUUAAGGACGAAGAGUCGUUCGACUUCGUGAUCGAGGCGGGCGCGCUCAUGUUAGCCGACAACGGCGUGUGCUGCAUCGACGAGUUCGACAAGAUGGACCCCGCCGACCAGGUGGCCAUACACGAAGCCAUGGAGCAGCAGACCAUCUCACUCGCCAAGGCCGGCGUCCGAGCAACCCUAAACGCUCGCACCUCAAUCCUGGCCGCGGCCAACCCCAUAGGAGGCCGCUACGACCGAGCCAAGUCUUUACAACAAAACGUAGCCCUCAGCGCACCAAUCAUGUCUCGUUUCGACUUGUUCUUCAUUCUCAUAGACGAGAGUAGCGAGAUGGUCGACUACGCUAUAGCGAGGAAGAUAGUGGAUCUGCAUUGUAAUAAGGAGGAGACGUAUGACUGUGUCUAUUCGAGGGAGGAUUUGCUGAGGUAUAUCGCCUUUGCGAGGUCGUUCAAGCCGAUUAUUACUGAGGAGGCGGGCAAGCUCCUAGUAGACUACUACACAGUACUCCGGCAGCGCGACUCGGGCGGCGGCGGCGCGGGCACGUGGCGCAUCACCGUGCGCCAGCUGGAGUCCAUGAUCCGCCUCGCCGAGGCCAUGGCCAAGAUGCACUGCUGCUCGCACGUCGACACCACGCACGCCAUGGAGGCGCACAGAUUGCUGAACAAGUCCAUUAUUCGCGUGGAGCAGCCGGACAUCCACCUCGACGACGAGGAGACGCAGUUCGAGCCCUCCGCCGAGGAUCGCCCCUUGCCCGGCAACGACACGCAAAACGGUGACAGCGGCACGAACGGCGACGCGUCCGGCAAGAAGAAGCUGACGCUGUCGUUCGAGGAGUACAAGUCGCUCAGCGACAUGCUCGUCGUGCACAUGAGGAAGGAGGAGAACGAGUCUGAGAGCGCAGGCUCGGAGGGCGCCGGCAUGCGUAAGAGCGAGGUGGUGAGCUGGUACCUGCAGCAGCUGGUCUCCAGCAGCCAGAUCGAGAGCGAGGACGAGUUGUUAGAGAGGAAGACGUUGGUGGAGAAGGUCAUCGACCGGCUGAUGUAUCAUGACCAAGUGAUAAUCCCUCUCUCGACAACGGGACUCAAGAGCUCCAAGUCCACCGAACAAGAAGUGGAAGACGACCCUCUACUCGUGGUGCAUCCUAACUACGUGGUGGAUACGUAGAUUGCAGCCGUCAUGAAACCUGUAAUCGUACCUAAAUUAUUUUUAUAAGCCGCCAAAAAAUCUGCGAAUAUCCCAAUGGGGAAGGAAACAUGGCGUUGUUGACAUGUGAUUGGUCCAUUAUCUAAUCUUCUGAUUGGCUUUGAUUGGAUGAUCAACUGACGUCACGGUUUUAAUAAGUUUCCAAUUCCCUAUUGGACAAUAUGUACCUUGAAGUGCCACCUACUGUUAAAUAAUGUUGAAAUAAGUAUUAUGUUAUAAGUACCAACAAUCUGAGUGAAUCCCACUGACAUUCCUAGCUUUAAGUCUCAUUUUUUUGUAAUAAAUCGUUGAGUAAGUUUUA